AUGAUCUCACUUAUUAUAGCUGAUUAUGGUACGAUGAUUUAUUUGGCUUACCAUCAAGGCCAAACAAACCACUGUACCAGUAGUACUAAUCCAAGUGCAGUGUGGAUUAAGAAGGAUCAUUUUACGUAUGGACAACUUUCUCUGACUUAUCUCACUUGUCUGACGGUAACAUCAGAAAAAGCUAUCGAAAUUUAUGGUGUCAAGGAGUGCAGAAUUGCGCUUGUUGGUAAGAGUCUUGGGCACCAUACAGGUGUUCCGGUGCAUCUUGCAGUCGCAGGAGAGAAAGCAGCCAUACCUUGUAAUAUCUCUACACCUCUAUCCGAUGAUCAAGUAUCCCUUAUUCUUUGGUACAGAGUAGAUAUGCCGAAUCCUAUUUACACACUGGAUAUUCGGAAAAGAACUAUCAAGGAAGCCAAGCAUUUUCCAAGUCCAGAAAUAAAAGAUAGAUCUUACUUUAACAUGAACAUCCAUCCACCAACUCUGAUUCUAGAACCCGCUCGAGUGGAAGAUGAAGCUGACUAUAAAUGCAGAGUGGACUUGCGGAGAUCCAGGACUCUUAUUCUGCAUACGAGACUUAAUAUCAUAGUGCCACCAGGUGAACCAAUCAUUAUGGAUGAGCAUGGCCAGAGACUUAGAGAUGUCAUAGGACCAUAUGAUGAAGGUGCUUUCCUUACACUUGGCUGUGAAGUAGAUGGAGGAGAUCCAUCCCCAGAAGUAACGUGGUGGCGAGGAACCACUCUUUUGGACGACAGUUUCAAUGUUACACCUCAGGGUUUUGUAAGAAAUGAACUAUUCCUUUUCGAAUUGAGGAGAUCUGACUUAUUAGCAGAACUGACUUGCCAAGCUACUAAUACCAAUCUCACCCGCCCUAAAACUACAGCUGUAAGAUUAGAUAUCAAUCUAAGACCACUUGAGGUGAAGAUAGCAGCACCUCAUUACCCUCUAACUGCUGGAACCCGCAAGCAAAUUAUUUGCGAAACAACCGGAUCAAGACCUCGUGCUGUGUUAACAUGGUGGCUUGAUGGCAAAAAAAUUGGAGCAGGUACCACUGACACUGUUUCUGACGGUGGCAAUUUGACGGUCAGCACUCUGCAUCUUGUACCAACACCUGAUGAUAAUGGCAAAAUGUUAUCCUGCAGGGCUGAAAAUCCUGCUUUGCCUAACUCCGCAAUUGAAGACGAAUGGACUGUAAAAGUUCACUAUCCUCCAAUUAUAAAUCUUGCUCUUGGGCCUUCCAUCAGCUUAUCCGGAAUCAGAGAAGGAAGUGACGUUUAUCUUGAAUGCAAUAUCCGAGCAAAUCCCUGGGUUAGCGAAGUAACGUGGCAGUUCGAGGAUCACUAUGUCUCAAGUAACAAAUCAUCGGGUGUGAUCAUAAGUAAUCAAACUCUCGUGUUACAAGGUGUAAGAAGGGAACACAGAGGUCGAUAUAGAUGCUUAGCAGGAAAUUCAGAAGGUCAAAGUGUCAGUGAUUAUCUUCAUUUGCUGGUACAGUAUGCGCCUGUGUGCAAACUGUCUGAUCCAAAGGUGUAUGGAGUGGCUCGUACAGAAAAUGUUAAUGUCACGUGUGAAGUGGAAGCCGAUCCACCGGAUGUGAAUUUUCGAUGGGCACUGAACAACACCCUCGAGGUAGUCAAUCUUCAGAAGUGGUGGAGUGAAGGUUCCAGAAGUGUCCUUAGCUACACCCCAAGAACUCUAGCCGGAUAUGGUCUCUUGCUGUGUUGGGGCAGUAAUGCGAUUGGUGGACAGAGAGAGCCGUUGCUAAAAUUAUACCAGCCGGUCAGUGGAGCCCCAGAGUCUCCCAGGGAAUGUGCUGUAACAAACCAGUCAUCGACCUCAUUAUCCGUCGAAUGUGAGCCCGGGUACGAUGGAGGAUUGACUCAGACUUUCCAUUUAGAGCUAUAUAAUUCAGUGGUAGAACAUUUGGCAGCUAAUCUCACCACAGCAGAUAAACCUGCCUUCAAAGUUCACAAUUUACCACCUGGCACUGCCUUCGUUCUUGUGCUUUAUGCGUCCAAUGGAAAAGGAAAAAGCAAUUCAGUGGCACUUAUGGCAUCGACCCUUCCACCGCCGGAAAGACAUACAGGUGAUGUUUCCAAAGCAGAAGAGGAAUUAGCAACUAUCAGCCCAGUACUUGGAAUCCUCAUCGGAGUAGUAUCUGCCUUAGUUCUGGUGGCGAUCAUCACAGUCAUCAUAAUUAGAGUACAAAGUUCAAAAGAACAUACGAAAGGAUAUCUCUUGGUUACUUCAUCACAUCAUUCGAAGCUACCAAAUGUUCUACAAGGGGAUUCAGGUCUGUGGAUUGAACUGGCCAUUCCAUCCGCUCCAUACCGUGACUCUCCGGAUAUUCUUCAGCAACCAGAGCUCAGUGCGGUGACGAUUUGCCAUCCAUCAGAGGAAAUCCAGGACCAACAGCAUUGGCAUAUGGGAGGAUAUAUUGAUCAAGGAUCUCGUCUCGAUAUCUCACACCUGUCAAAGUUCUCCCAUGAAACACAUGCAG